UUAAAGGCAUAUUAUGACAUUGGGUGUGAACACCCUACAUUUUUGCAAUGCCGUGGUGUAUCAAAAGAUGAAUCUACAAAUAACUAUGGUUUAGUUAUGCAUUUUGCAUCAAUGGGAUCUUUACGCCAGAAUCUUCUUCAUGUUUCACAAAUGAAAUGGAGCGAAAAAUUAAGCUUAUUAUCAAAUAUUGCUUUCGAUCUUCAAUUAAUUCAUUCACAUAACAUUAUUCAUCGAGAUUUACAUAGCGGAAAUAUUUUGCAAAAUAAAUUAUAUAGUGCAUACAUUGGAGAUUUAGGAAUUGCAAUAUCUAUUGAUGAAGAAUCAGAAACUAAAUUCAAAGGUGUUUAUGGCAAUUUACCUUAUAUUUCCCCGGAAGUUUUGCAAGGAAAGUCAUAUGAAAAAUUGUCGGACAUUUAUUCUUUUGGAAUUAUAAU